AUCCGCUCGCGAGGAGUCCCGGGCAUAGGUUUGCGAGCUGAAGGGGUUUAUUGUUUCUCUCCGUCUUCAACCGAAAUUGUUUCUGAUCUCUUCAGUUCCACAACCAAAUAACAAAACGCUGAAAUGGCUGGCGGUAAGGCAGGAAAAGACAGUGGCAAGGCCAAGGCGAAAGCAGUAUCGCGCUCCCAGAGAGCUGGACUGCAGUUCCCAGUGGGGCGUAUCCACAGGCACUUGAAGACCCGUACUACCAGCCAUGGGCGUGUAGGAGCCACAGCGGCUGUAUAUAGUGCUGCCAUCCUCGAGUAUCUCACCGCUGAGGUACUAGAGUUGGCGGGUAACGCCUCCAAAGAUCUGAAGGUGAAGCGUAUCACUCCCCGCCACUUGCAGCUUGCCAUCCGUGGAGAUGAGGAGUUGGACUCCCUCAUCAAGGCCACCAUCGCUGGAGGCGGUGUGAUCCCCCACAUCCACAAGUCCCUGAUCGGGAAGAAGGGCCAGCAGAAGACUGCAUAGAGUAGACAGACGCCAUCUUGUUGACCGGAACUGUGGAGGCGUGUGUUCGGACUGGACUCUGUUCGGAGAUGCGUGUUCGGACUCUGACCUGACCAACAGGACUUCACAUUCAUCCUUUUAUAUUACUAUUAGCUAACGAUGAUGAGUGAUUGGUAGUUUUUUUCGUUAUUGUAAUAUUUCCCAUAAUUAGAAAGAAAAGGACACAUGUUAUUUUAGAUUUUUGGGCAUGACAGGGGAAAUCCUCAUACUUUUGUCAGGUUGUCACAGUUGACUUGUUUGAUUGGCAGGGCUUCAAAUGUUUUGUAUUGAAAAAUGGAAUUGUUAAAACCCAUUUUUUUUAUAAAAACAAAGCUGUC